ACAAAAAUUCCAAAUUAAGUCCCUCAUUUAAAUCCCUCACCUUCCCCCAACCCAGAUCAAAACCCCUCCCUCCCACCCUCUCUCUUUCUCUCUCUACUUUCUCUCUCCUCUCUACAACAAAAAUGAUACGCCGGAAAUUACUGUACAACAACACCGGCGGCGGCGGCGGAGGUUCACAUUCCGGCGGAAGUGACGUCAGCCCUAGCAUCCUCAUCACAGUACUAAUCCUCGCAAUCGCCGUCAUUUUAUCAGCUUCUCUCUACCUCCUCCUCCGCUUCCUCCGCCGUCACCGUAACUCUACCACAAUCACCACGUCAACAUCAACAACCGUUAACCUCCCUCAUUCUGUCUCCACUCGCCGCGUAUCUCCGACAAACCCACUUCUCGAUGCACUUCCAUUAUUCACUUUCGACGCAUUGAAAUCAACCGGAGAUUGCGCCGUAUGUUUGUCGAAAUUCGAGGAGAAAGACCUCCUCCGUCUCCUCCCAAUCUGCUGCCACGUGUUCCACGCUGAUUGUAUCGACACGUGGCUGAAUUCCAACCAAUCAUGCCCUCUUUGCCGGUCACCAGUCUUCCUACCAGAAUCCUCAUCCAACGAUGAUCCACUCUCUCUCUCCUCCUCCUCACAUAAUUCUCGAAGCUUCCGUGUCGAAAUCGGAAACGUCAGUCAACGAAACUCCGCCGAAAUCCCCGUCCGAAGAACCUACUCACUCGGCGGUAACUUCGACUACAUCGUCAACGACGACGACGUCGUUUCGGAAAUUCACUCCGGUUCAUUCCGACGAACUUCCUCAACCACGGAGUUCAAGGUUGAUGACCACUACCCGUCAGCGGCGUUAGCGGCCGGGGUUGGGACACGUGGCGGGAGUAUUAUUGGUGGUGGAUGGUUGAAGGAUUACCUGUCACAUUCUCUAUCCUCGUCGUUUCGUGGGUCUGGGAGAUGGUUUUUUACAGGGAGUAGUAGGAGGGAGACUACGACUGAGUUUGGAGGAGUGGACAACCGAGUUAAUGAUUUGGACUUGGAAGCGAGUCGACUCGGUGAUGAAAUCGGUGAGUUGUUUAGAUGGUUGUCAGGGGUAUAAUCGUAAUUUCAUGUCUGUAGAUCCGGGGUAGUUUUGCUACUGUAAUUUUUUUUUUUUUUUACAAAUUUUUUUGGUGUAUAGAUAUAUGGAAAAAACAAAAAAAACCAAAAAAUUUCUUCUGGAAAUGAAGAUUAUAAGAGGUAGAAAUAUUUUCUUCCUAUUAUUGCAGAUUUUUUUCCUUUUGAUUUUUUGUGGGGGUUAAAUUUGGGUUGGUCUGUUUUUUUGGAGAAGAUUUUACUUGCUCAAAUAAUACUUAACCUUCCAUGAAUAAUAGUUUUUCUGAAUUUACCACAUUAUUUGAUUUAUUUAUGUUAAUUUGUUCGUUUUAUGGUUUUUAUUUUUGGGUAGGAAUUAUGAAAUACUUGUUCUUGUUCUGUCUGUGUAUUAAAUGUUGCAUUUCAGAAUUAUUGAUCAUGUUUUGCAACUUAUGAUCAAUGCCUCAAUGGGGUUAGGUUUAAUUACUAGUACUUAAUUUGACCUUCGGCAUUACUUAUCUCAACUCUUCAAAGAACCAUUUGUGAUAGUAGGAGCUAUUUCAUCAUUUCUUCAAUAUUUCAUUUAAGUAGUGGUUUUGAAGAACAUGGUCAUAUAAGUAUAUAACCAAUUAUAGAAUACUAUGUUUUGGAAAAGGCGCUAACAUUUUCCAAGCAUGAACGUAUUGUAAAGUCUAUAAUAUACUACCUUCGUUUCAUAUUAUAGCACUUUGAAAUUAGUUCAUACCCGAAAAACAUUAUAUUGAGACUGUACUACUAGAAGCAAAAUAUAUAUCUUAAUUAUUGUUAGCAUUACUUUGAUAUAUUAUUGUAUUAUGUUAAUGUAAAUUGAGCUAUUGUGUUCAAUGAGGACCAUAAAAUACAUGUCCAUGCUUUCUCACAGAAUAAUGGAAAAUUAGAUCAUAUGAUGAACCACGUCAUUUACAAUAAAGCACAUUAAUCUCCUGAAAAAAUAACCCCUUUUUUCACUUUAUUCCACUUUUCCCUAUUUCAACCCCCAAAAAUACCCAGAUAAAAAAGCAAGAAAAUAAACUCCACAAUGAUAAAAUAAACAUAGUACGGAUUACAAUAUCAAGUGAAAAAAGAGAAGACUUGAG